CAUAAAAGCGCUUUAUCACACUAUUACAGUAUUCACAGUAUCAGACUUCCACCUGGCCAAGUUACACGCACGUAAAUGUUUAUUGGCGACUAAGCGGCUAGCGUAUAAUUAUUAUUUUCUCGAUAAUCCUGUGAAUAUUAUUUUCUAAAAUGGCAGAUACUACAAGUUCUGAGGGUUCUGCUCCAACUGUAGAGAAGGGAUGGCCAGCAUUAAAGCAACAGAUUAUCCAAGAUAAAAUUAAAGUAGCACAAUGGUCAAUUAGGCUUGUUACAAUUUUAUUUACCUUUGCUUAUUUACUUCCAAUAUUUGGAAACCCCUAUGAUGCCUACUAUAAAGUAUUACUUAGUUGUAUGGCCACAAAUAUUUUACGUUUACACCAACGGAUACCAAGAAUAUCUUUUACUAGAGAAUUUAUGAUCACAUUAUUCUUGGAGGAUUCAUUUCAUUAUUUAUUCUACUCAUUUGUUUUUCAGUAUGCAGCUCCAGUUACAUUGGUGAUAAUUCCAGUAUUUCUUUUUGCUCUGUUGCAUUUUGCUAGCUACUCUUUGACGCUUCUUGAUUGUUUAGGUCAAAACAGUUGGUGGGGAGCUAGAUUAUUGAUUUCACUUGUUGAAUUUCAGUCUCAAAACAUUUUGAGACUCUGCGCAUUUUGUGAAAUAUUUGUCUUGCCACUGAGUCUUAUCCUUAUUUUCACUGGAAGAGCUAGUUUUUUGACGCCAGUACUCUACUAUCAGUUCUUACAAUUACGUCUAGCCUCGAGGAGAAAUCCAUUCACGCGCAAUGUGUUCAUCGAAAUUACAAAUGGUUUCAGUAAUAUUGCCAUGAAGCCGAGCGUACCUGAAUUCUUGCGGAGAGUCAUUGGAAGUCUCGUUGACAUUAUGCGCAGAAUGACGACUAUGCAUCAGUAAUUUCGUGAUAUGAAUAAAUUACAAUUAACGUGGUAUCAAAAACUCUAACGGAAAAAUAAGUUUCGGUGACUGAUACAUUUGGGACGUUGAAUGUCAUGAAGAUUUUAAAACUUUCUGUAUUAUCAAUGAAUAAUGACAUAAUUGAUGGAUUACCCUUAUGAAGGUUAUUUAUGUAUACAUUUGUCUAUCAUUGUUUACGAAUUUCUUUUUUCACUCAUGCAAUACACUUAGUAAAAAAGUUUAUUAAUUAUAUUUACAUUGGAUUAUUAAAUGAAAAAAUCAAUAAGGUGCAAGGAAUUAUUGCGAUAAAAUUUUUUUAUUAUAACAAUUAAAGAUGUAACAGUAAUGGUAUUCUAUAACGUUGUACAUGCAAUAAAAAUUACGUUGUGAAUAGAAAAUCAAUAACUUGGCAUAUUUUAACAUUUCUUAACUGUGGUAUGAUGGUCCAAAUUAAAAGCUAUUAGUUUAAAUGUAGUGCGAGUUUUUCUACGAUAAUUAGAAGAAAAUAAAAAAAUGUUUAUAGAUAUUCCGUUUGAUGUUUUUUUCGUGCUAGCUAGAUAUUUAAUAUAAGAUUGUCUAAUUAUUUUUUCAGUGUUAAUAUUAUCCAAACGUGUUCGCCUACUUUAAUGAAAUGGUCUAAAUAUUCAAAAAUAUCUUAUAGCAGCUUGAUCAAGCAUUUGUGUAAAUUUGUAUUGUGACAAAGUGUAAAAAUGAUUUCCAUUGUAAAUUGAUUUCUUUCGUGAUACUUUAACCUGUAUAAAUAAAUAUCGUCUACGUUUAAUUAUUACCGUUCUCACAUUGUAAAACGAAUAAUUACACUAACUAUAUGAAGUCUAUAAUUAUAUCUUUGUAUCGAUUUUUGCGGUUUCUUGAUUUUUAUAAGAUAAAAUAAUAAAUAAUUGUGAAAUAAAAUCAUAGAAUCUUAAGAAUGAAGCACUUUUAUCAAUGUUAUGAUUGAUCAAUAAAAUAUAGUAAUGCAUUACAAGGUUUUGCGAAUAUACAGCAAUCUGAUGUAAGUAUUUAUAUAUCUAUGGCAGUAUGUUAUGAUUUGCGGUUAUUUUUUUCGAAUUAAAUAAAACUAAUUAAAUAAAAAAAAUUGAA